ACUUAUGCCCUGACCCCCACAGACCUUUCAACACAUACCUCACAUGUUCUGACACACAGUAAACACACACAGACCACAUGGCUUGUGUCUGGGCUGCCCUGGUGCCCUCCUCUAGGCUCGUCCAGCCCCCAACCUCGGCCUUUACCCCUCCGUGAGGACAGGGACCCCUCCAUCUCCAUUUUCCUCCAUUUCGGUUUAGGGCCCUGCACCAAGUCUCUCCCAGCUACUGCCUGGACCCGGACCCCUCCCACGGUCACCACUGUCACAGUCCCACCUCCUUCAAGGUCUCAAACACCCCUCCCCAGCUUCUGGCAGGAGCCACCCUCACUCCCUCUAUUGCCCCUCCAGGACCAGGCUUCACGCUCACAUCACCCUCACCUGGGCUUGGGGUGCCCACCCCCACCCCAGGCCCUGGCCUCUGAAAUAUUUGGUGACUUGAACUGGGCCAAAGGCUUAAGCUCACGUAUGUCCAGAGCAUCAACUUUCUCCUCUGCAAAAUGGGCUAACACUAAAAGCACCUUGCAGAAUCUCAGCAUGGUAGAUAUUGUUAGCACAGCCAGCAGACUUCUGUGGGCUGAGUUUGUGGGUAACCCAAGCCUUGGCAGGGACAGUUCCUCCCCAGAAAAGCUGCAGCUCAGAGACGUGGAGACACUGGCCCAGGGACCCACACCGGUGCCCAGAGCCAAGGACCCAGGAGUCCCCUGGGAAGGGGAGCCUCACCGGCCCAGCCUCACCCUCCAUGUGGCCCCGACCAUCCCUUGGGUGUUGCACCUGGCGCGCCCACCGAUACCACCGAGCUCUGCUAGCUGUACCAGCAGCAGGACCUGCCGGCGUGGGGGUCAGGGGUCAACAUUGAUCCCACCACCAGUAAAAUCGAGGGCCUACCCUGUGGCCGCUCAAGGACUCAGGCUGACACGGCCGAGCCUUGCCCCGGAGCUGCCCGCGCCCGCCACCCCUCCCGGCAGGCCUGCAGGGGGCCCGUCCGCCCGGUUCGCGCGGUCCGGGCACGAAGUGGUUAACGCCUUUCCAGCCGAGCUGGCACCGCGCGGCCGGGCUUAUUAG